GGAUGUCCACGCUUCGAGUGAUGAAUCAUCUAAGCAGCAGCAGCAGUAGCCACAACAGCCUGAACCAGCGUCGCAUUAACCUCACAAAUUCACCACCUCUUCUGUUACAAUUCUAAUUGGUCCGUCCACGUGACAAAUACUACACGAUACUUGUAAAGAAUCGCGACUUUUUGCAAGCGCGUGUUUUUUUAAGUGCCAACCAUCUCUGACAUCCUAACUUGAGAAAGUGAUCUUUGUGCGGUUAACAAAGGUCCAAUACAGCGCUUUAACUCGGGACAGUGUGGAGUGGAUUGGAUGGAUCUCCACUGGCCCGCCUUCAAGAUGGACAGCUCCUCCUACCUACCCGGUCCCCUGGCGUCCCCAGCCCUGAUGGUGCUGGCCUCCACAGCCAAGACAGGCCGCGAUGCCUCCGUCCCCUGCCAGGCCUCCAUCCCCUGCCAGGCCCCGAGGUCCUUCAGGGUCCCAAUCUCUGAGAAGGACCUCCCCUUCCCUUCCGGCUCCUACACAUUUUCCUCCAUGUACAACCGUCAGGGGCCUAUCUCCGGCCACGGCUCCUUCCCUGCCAGAGACUUCCCUGCCUCCCUGCUCCACCUCAAUCCCCAGUUCCAGUUUCACCCCAACAACCUGGACUGCCCUUCCCUGGGGAUGCUCAACCACAUUGGGGUAGGGGCCUUCCGACCCUUCUCCUCCCCGCCAGAGGAGAGGGAGGCCAGUGGUUAUCAGUCAGCCUUCACCCCUGCCAAGAGGCUCAAGGGCUGCUACACAGAUUCUGAGGGGAAGGAGUAUGAUUUUGGAGGAGGGUGUUUCCUCUCUGGCUCACCGGGAUCACUCAAGGCCGCUGAGGAUUCUGGGAGGAAGUUGUUUACGGUGUCUGGGCUGCUGUCGGACAGAGAGGCCUCGUCUAGUCCUGAGGACCGCAAGGAACACUUAGGUAAGGGUAAUGUCCUGUAUGACUCCCAGCCCCUCUAUGUGUCAGUAGGUAAGGGUAAUGUCCUGUAUGACUCCCAGCCCCUCUCUGUGUCAGUAGGUAAGGGUAAUGUCCUGUAUGACUCCCAGCCCCUCUAUGUGUCAGUAGGUAAGGGUAAUGUCCUGUAUGACUCCCAGCCCCUCUCUGUGUCAGUAGGUAAGGGUAAUGUCCUGUAUGACUCCCAGCCCCUCUAUGUGUCAGUAGGUAAGGGUAAUGUCCUGUAUGACUCCCAGCCCCUCUAUGUGUCAGUAGGUAAGGGUAAUGUCCUGUAUGACUCCCAGCCCCUCUAUGUGUCAGUAGGUAAGGGUAAUGUCCUGUAUGACUCCCAGCCCCUCUAUGUGUCAGUAGGUAAGGGUAAUGUCCUGUAUGACUCCCAGCCCCUCUAUGUGUCAGUAGGUAAGGGUAAUGUCCUGUAUGACUCCCAGCCCCUCUAUGUGUCAGUAGGUAAGGGUAAUGUCCUGUAUGACUCCCAGCCCCUCUAUGUGUCAGUAGGUAAGGGUAAUGUCCUGUAUGACUCCCAGCCCCUCUAUGUGUCAGUAGGUAAGGGUAAUGUCCUGUAUGACUCCCAGCCCCUCUAUGUGUCAGUAGGUAAGGGUAAUGUCCUGUAUGACUCCCAGCCCCUCUAUGUGUCAGUAGGUAAGGGUAAUGUCCUGUAUGACUCCCAGCCCCUCUAUGUGUCAGUAGGUAAGGGUAAUGUCCUGUAUGACUCCCAGCCCCUCUAUGUGUCAGUAGGUAAGGGUAAUGUCCUGUAUGACUCCCUGCCCCCAGUGUGUCCAGUGUGCCAUGCUGUGUUACCACCAGGUGAGCUACAGGAGCACAUGGAGCAGGAGAUGGGCAGACUGGCACAGUUACAAAUCAGAGCCCCACUCAGACAGAUACCAGUCGAUGACUGGUGCUACGCCAAACCCGCACCUUUAAGUCCCCACAACAGAAGUCACCUAACCCCAGACUGCAAAAGACCCGUCAGGAUCGGCAAGCUGAAGAGGAGGAGACCUUACGAGGGCCAGGACAUUUUGUUGGACCUGGGGAGGGGGGAGGAGGAGUGGAGUGAGCGGAGGAGGAUACGGAUGACAUCCAUACUGGGAGGGUGUGAAGAUAAGUCACAGAGUGUUAUGACGACCUCAGGGUCAGUGUUUGUGAGCAGCAGCACGUCUAAGGAAGGCGGUGGUGACAGCGACGCUGACCUGGACAGGGAUGGAGAUGACACUCUGCAUUAUGGAAGAGUACAAUGUACGGAGGCAGACAUCCCCUGUUCAGGGCAGGAUCCUGGGGAGGUGGAGGAGAGGGAAGCACUGAGGGGGGCGCUUUUAACUGGUGGUACACUAUCCAACAGAGGAACUCUGGAACAUUCCAAAUGGACAAAUGAGGGAAGUCCAUCCACUAGCAACGGAGAGAGCAACAAACUGGACAACAGCAUAGCCUCCCUACACAGGACCUGUAAAAAUAGUGACAUUGAUAUGGCCUCUGAGGAUUCUGGGCUGACGACGUUGGAUUCACUAAGAAGUCGUAUACGGGACCUAGAGAAGCAGAUGUCCAGAGGAGAUGGACACAACUGUCUUAUCUGUAGAGACACUUACACAACACCCCUCACCUCCAUCCAGUGCUGGCAUGCCCACUGUGAGGAGUGUUGGCUCCGCACUCUGGGGGCUAAGAAGCUGUGUCCACAGUGUAACACCAUCACUUCUCCUGGGGACCUGAGACGGGUAUUUUUGUGACUGGGCAGGGCCAGAGAAGCACAGGCCCCUGAGGGGGCGGGACAUCUGAAGUAUUAACCUUUGAUCUUUGAAAGGGACGUAAGGACAGCUGGCCUGUCAGAGAUUACCCUUGUCUUUGCACCUUAACCUGCCCUCUAACCCCCCCUCCCAAACCAAGUAGGGGGCCACCCCAUGACAAAAUGCCAUCCAUGACUGGGUAUUGCACAAUGAUCAGUCUUCAUGUCAUUUGACCUUUUAGGUUUGACAUUUGACCUUUACUUUGCCCACCUAGAUGGCAUUCAUUUGUAUCAAGCUCACCUCAUCAUUUAGUGAGCCAAGCCAUUUCUAAGAGGAGGACUCUGUGCUCAAUCCAUUACAAUUCAUACGUAAAUGACAAGAACUAAAGUCAUCUUAGUGCUCAGGCACUGAAAGAAUGAUUUAAAAUGGCUUUAGAUCAAAACAAGGUUGACAUACUCUUUGGACUAUAAACUAUAAGCGGUAUACACUUUUGAAAAUAAUAGUGGUGUCACGGGCAUCAAAAUAAGUAGACCAAGGUGCAGCGUGGAAUAUGUUCAUCUUGUGGUUUAAUGAAAGAAUGAACACUUCACAAAUUAAACAAAAAUGACAGCAGACAGUUCCGUCAGGUACUUACAACUAAACGGAAAACAACUACCCACAAAACCCAAAGGAAAAACAGGCUGCCUAAGUAUGGUUCCUAAUCAGAGACAACGAUAGACAGCUGCCUCUGGUUAGGAACCAUACCUGGCCCAACACAAAGAAAUACAACACAUAGAAUGCCCACUCCACACCCUGACCUAACCACAUAGAGAAACAAACCCUCUCUCUCAGGUCAGGGUGUGACAAGUGGUCUGUUUAUAUCAAAAGAAAACACAUGUAAAUAGUUUUGUGUAUGUUUGAAAUUAUGUACAGUAUCAGUAAAAAGUUUGGACACACCUACUCAGUCAAGUGUUUUUCUUUAU